CACACGGAGUCAGUACGCAACAAUCCUGGUGCUUCUAGGAGGUAUUUCUGACUCAAUGGUAGCUGUGGGGAUAUGUCCUUUUGAAGGAGAUAGUUUAGUUUUCUUUAUGAAUAUAUUUUCAAUGCCGCAUGUAUAUGAGCCGCUGCCUUGCUAGUCAAAUGCCCAUCAGCCCCUCAAUGUCCAGCUUAAUACUCGAACAACAGCGGAGCUUCGUCGUCGUCGUCGUUAUGGCCAGCGUGGUGGUAAUCAGUAAGUCGGAAUUGCGCUGGCAGACAACGGUACCAACUCAUACGUGCCAAUCAUUUUUGUACAUUACCCACGAAACCAACCAUCCGGAGGACGAAACACGUACCUUCUGUCUACCAGGCAUCCAAUUUAUUAGAGGACAGCCGACCCUCCCCCCGCCGAUCACAACACCCCCCACCCGAACCGCUGCACAAUCCAUUACAGAUGCCUUUAAUGGUGUCUCCCAAUUCUUCUACGGCAUCACCCUUGUUAAUCAAUUUAUCGCCUUCUUUGCCAGCGACACCCAUUCUGACAAUCACACACGCCGUGGCGUGUAUCCAGAUCCUGACGGGCCUACACAUCACGGCUUGGGUGACCGGAACUCGAACACCAUCAGUACUCCGGAUCCGGUGGUCUGUAGUGAUGUCAAUGAUGGGGGCACUCAAGGAGGCCGAGGAGAGAUCAGGGAGGGAAUCUGAAGCAGUCAUGGAUCCUGACCGUCAGCAGAGGACAUCUGCCUCAAUUCUAGUUUUUGAGUUGGUGUUCAUUUUUUUUAAUUUCUGUUUUUAAGUAGCUGUUUAGUACUGUCAUUUUGAGUUGUAUGUAUGUUGAAUAUGUUCUACCCCGGACCUACCUAUCUAUAUAUAUUGUUUGCGAUGAGUUUUGAAGGAACUUGUUCUUCAGUAAGCUCUUAAAGUGCGCUCACGCGGGAGAGAGACGCGACCACGCGGUAACUUAUGGCAUAAAAGGGGAAAUCAAGAUUUACCAUAUGAUAGCGAGCCUGAGACCUGAUUACUA